CUACUGAUAUCCUUACAAUUGAAAGUUUAUUUAUUUCCGAAGACAUCAUCACAGCCCUUAAUAACCAUAGAGUUUCUUUAUUCAAUGAAUCAGUUUUAGAAUUUUACACCGAUGGUUCUCAUCAGUUCUUUUCAUCACCCCUACGAACAUUUAUUAGUUCCGCUUUUGUUUUUGUACAUGAUUCUCUAGAUAUUAGUUUUGCUGCUGCUUUGCCUCCUCUCUGGGCCAACUCCACUAACGCUGAAAUCUUUGCUCUUCUUAUGACUCUUUUUGUUUGUCCUUUUGGUUCCUUUGUUAAAAUUAAUACCGAUAGUUUAUCUUUAAUUCUCGCUUACAAUAGAAUUUUACAAAAAGACAUUU